CAGAAAGCGCCCUCAAGAGUUCAUAUUUAUUGAGAAGUACGUUUGUUUUCCGACAAGAAAUUACAUGCGCUGUGCUUAGUAUUUCGUCCUGGAUUCUGAUCAUGGCGUCUUCGACAGCAAAACAUAAAGUGCCAAAGGUGGCAAAGGUCAAGAACCGUAUGCCAGCAGAGGUUCAGAUCACAGCAGAACAGAUUUUGAGAGAGGCCAAAGAGAGAGAAUUGGAGCUGGUUCCCCCGCCCCCAAAGCAGAAGAUCACUGAUCCAGAUGAACUCCAAGAGUACCGGCUCAGGAAGAGGAAAGAGUUUGAGGAUAACAUCCGUAAGAAUCGCUCCAGCGUCACCAACUGGAUCAAGUAUGCCAGCUGGGAGGAAAGCCAGAGGGAGAUUGACAGAGCGCGGUCAGUACAUGAAAGAGCGCUUGAUGUGGAUCACAGGAACAUAACACUGUGGCUGAAGUAUGCUGAAAUGGAAAUGAAACAUAAGCAGAUCAACCACGCCCGUAACAUCUGGGACCGGGCCAUCACCAUCCUGCCGAGGGCCAAGCAGUUCUGGUACAAGUACACCUACAUGGAGGAGAUGAUCGGCAACGUGGCUGGGGCACGGCAGGUCUUUGAGCGCUGGAUGCAGUGGGAGCCCGAAGAGCAAGCCUGGCUGUCCUUCAUCAAGAUGGAGUUGAGGUACAAGGAGGUGGACCGGGCACGCAACAUCUACGAGAGAUUUGUCAUCUGCCACCCCGAGAUCAAGAACUGGAUUCGUUUUGCCAGCUUUGAGGAACACAACAACUACGUCUCCAGUGCCCGCAAGGUCUUUGAAAGGGCCGUGGAGUUCUUCGGAGAGGAGCACAUGGACGAAAAACUCUACGUGGCGUUUUCAAAAUUUGAAGAGAGACAGAAAGAGCAUGAGAGGGCAAGGGUGAUCUACAAAUAUGCCUUGGACAAGAUUCCCAAACAGCAUGCCGAGGAUCUCUUCAAAUCCUACACCAUCCAUGAGAAGAGAUAUGGGGAUCGGGCUGGCAUUGAGGACAUCAUCGUCAGCAAAAGACGCUUCCAGUAUGAAGAGGAAGUCAAAGCAAACCCCAGCAACUACGACGCAUGGUUUGACUACCUGCGCCUACUGGAGACGGACGGUAACGAGGAUACGGUACGUGAGAUCUAUGAGCGGGCCAUUGCCAACGUCCCCCCAGCCCAGGAGAAACGUCUCUGGAGACGCUACAUCUAUCUGUGGAUCAACUAUGCUCUGUAUGAGGAACUGAACGCUAAGGAUUCAGAGAGGACCCGGCAGGUUUACAAAGCGUGCCUGGACAUGAUACCACACAAGAAGUUCACGUUUGCCAAGGUCUGGCUGAUGUUUGCCCACUUUGAGAUCCGACAGAAGAACCUCAGCUUAGCAAGGAAAAUCCUGGGUGCAGCCAUCGGCAAGUGUCCCAAGGACAAGCUGUUCAAGGGUUACAUUGAGCUGGAGCUUCAGCUGAGAGAGUUUGAUCGCUGUCGCAUCCUGUACCAGAAAUUCCUGGAGUUCAACCCUGAGAACUGCACCACCUGGAUGAAGUUUACAGAGCUGGAGGGUAUCCUGGGCGACACGGACAGGGCGAGGGCGGUAUUUGACCUGGCCAUCAACCAACCCAAGCUGGACAUGCCAGAGGUGCUGUGGAAGGCCUACAUCGACUUUGAAAUUGAACAGGAAGAGUACGAAAGGACGAGGGCGCUGUACCGAUGUCUGCUUCAGCGGACACAGCAUGUCAAGGUAUGGAUCAGCUUUGCCAAGUUUGAGCUGUCUGUGGGUGCUGAGGGUUGCGUGGAGAGGGCCAGGUGCAUCUACAAGGACGCCAGCAAGGCGCUGAGAGACUCAGAGGAGAAGGAGGAACGCCUGAUGCUACUAGAGGCGUGGAAAGACUUUGAGGACGAGUGUGGCGACGAGGAAAGCCAGGCAGUCGUCAAGAAGCAGAUGCCAAACAGGGUCAAGAGAAGACGCAAGAUACAGACCGAAGACAGGUCUGAUGCUGGUUGGGAGGAAUACUACGACUACAUCUUCCCCAACGACGAAUCCAACUUGCCCAACCUCAAGCUGCUGGCUAUGGCUAAGCAGUGGAAGCUGAAGCAGACGGACCAAGACGACGAGGACGAAGACAGAGAUGGAGAUGAGGGAACUGAGGAGACAGGAACCAGCGAUGCACAGAAGGAAGCGGAGCAGUUCAACGAUGAGGACUAUGAUGACAGUGAUGACAGUAGCAGCAGUAGUAGCGAAGAGGAGGACAGUAAGACAUCACCGAGGAAAGACACCAGCUCCAAGAAGAAAGCAUCUUCCUCCAGCGACUCGUCUGAUUCAGAUGGAUAGUCUUUUCAUUUUCUUCAGACAAUGAUGAUAGAAGAAGCUGUUAGGAGGAACAUAGUAAGACAUUGCAGUUUGCACAGGACAGGCACCAACUCUGGAAGAAAGCAUCUUCCUCUCUUGAUUCAUCUGAUUAUGAAAGAUAACCUGCUCAGUUUCUUAAAUGGUGGACUUCGCCUUUCGCGAGGAAGAGUUGGUGAUGAAAUUCACCCAAGUUGAGAUGAAUUCAACCUUUGCACGAAUAAGCAGUGUCAACACUUGCUCAUGGCCACAACUUAACAUCUGCGUUCGCAUUUUCAUGCAGUAUGAACCAGGAUUUCAUCUUUUUGAACAAGGGAGCAUGGAUGAAUUAUUUUGAUACUUGAAAGCUGAAGAAAAAUUUAAAAAACAAAAUAAAAACAAUGAUGCUAAAUAAUGUAAAAUCUAAAAAGAAAUUAUUUUCAAACUCAUUUUAUCCAUCAAUAAUUUGUUGUCAAGUUGAAGUCAAGCUUUCUGUGGUCCACAAAACCCACUCUUUAAUUAAUAAUUAAUGAUCCUUUCUUCUGCCCCCCCCCCCCUCAAAAAAGGUUGUAACGCUGUUGAGACAUCAAAGGUACUAAGUACUAAGUGUUAUUGAAAUGUAUGGAUGUAACAAUAUGUAAAUAAUUUCUUUUGCUACCAACUUGUGAUCAAGGUUUUUCCCAACAUGUGGAAAACUUUUAGUAAAAUAAGUCAGCACCGAUUUCCUCAUGAAGUACAAGGUCAAAAAUACUUGUAAAUAUAAUUCUUUGAUCUUACAGUAUCUUAACAGUACAGGGUGAACUAAUAAAAUGCAGCCCUGAAACAUU